ACAAACCUCUAGGAAGUGAAUUUGAGAAAAAGGUUCCUGAAAACUGUCAUCUCUGUGCCAACUGUGCUUUGGUCUGGCACGUCUGCUACUUUUUCACUGGAGGUGCAUUGAGCUUUAGAUUGGAAAUAACGAUGCUCUUCAUUUGUCAGGGAUGGAACUGAAAUACGGAUGUACAUCGACUAAAGAGCUGGAAUAAGACUGAGUCCUGCCCUGUGAUAUUUAUAUACAUGGACCAUGAACUUGCUGUUUGGCUUCAUGCUUUAGGAACCUUUGUAGUAACAGUGUGAAGCUGUUGGAAAUCAUGGCAUUCUCUCCAUGGAAGCUCUCCUCUCAGAAACUCGGCUUUUUUCUGGUGACUUUUGGUUUCAUUUGGGGAAUGAUGCUCUUGCAUUUUACUAUUCAGCAGCAAACACAACACGAAAGCAGUACAGUCUUGCGUGAGCAAAUUUUGGAUCUCAGCAAAAGAUACAUCAAAGCGUUAGCUGAAGAAAAUAAAAAUGUGGUUGAUGGGCCUUACGUUGGGACAGUGACAGCAUAUGAUUUGAAGAAGACACUUGCUGUCUUGUUGGAUAAUAUCUUGCAGCGCAUUGGGAAGCUGGAGUCCAAGGUGGAAAAUCUUGUGCUUAAUGGAACAGGAGCAAACUCUACCAACAAUACUACCACUCCUGCUCCCAGCUUAGGAGCAGUCGAAAAGCUUAAUGUAGCAGAUCUCAUAAAUGGAGCCCAAGAACAGUGUGAAUUGCCUCCUAUGGAUGGUUUUCCUCACUGUGAAGGGAAAAUAAAGUGGAUGAAAGAUAUGUGGCGGUCGGAUCCCUGUUACGCAAGUUAUGGUGUAGAUGGGUCCACGUGCUCCUUUUUUAUUUACCUCAGUGAGGUUGAAAAUUGGUGUCCUCGUUUACCUUGGAGAGCAAAAAAUCCUAAUGAAGAAACUGAUCAAAAAACAGUGGCUGAGAUUCGUAUCAACUUCGAUAAUCUCUACAAAAUGAUGUCAAGACAUGAGGAAUUUAGGUGGAUGAUGUUACGUAUCAGACGGAUGGCUGAUACUUGGAUUGAAGCAAUUAAAUCACUUGCAGAAAAACAGAAUUUGGAGAAGAGAAAACGAAAAAAGAUUCUUGUUCAUCUGGGGCUUUUGACAAAAGAAUCUGGAUUCAAGAUUGCAGAAAAUGCGUUUAGCGGUGGCCCGCUUGGUGAAUUAGUCCAGUGGAGUGAUUUAAUUACAUCUCUCUACUUACUGGGCCAUGACAUCAGGAUUUCAGCUUCACUGGCAGAGCUCAAGGAGAUUAUGAAGAAGGUUGUAGGUAACAGAUCUGGCUGCCCUACUCUGGGGGAUAAAGUUGUCGAACUCAUUUACAUUGAUAUUGUUGGACUCACCCAGUUUAAGAAAACACUUGGUCCAUCAUGGGUGCAUUACCAGUGUAUGCUAAGAGUUCUGGAUUCCUUUGGAACUGAACCAGAGUUUAACCAUGCCCAUUAUGCCCAGUCUAAAGGCCAUAAGACACCAUGGGGAAAGUGGAACCUUAAUCCACAGCAGUUUUAUACAAUGUUCCCUCACACUCCGGAUAACAGCUUCCUUGGAUUUGUGGUAGAGCAGCAUCUGAAUUCCAGUGACAUUAAACACAUUAAUGACAUCAAAAGGCAGAACCAAUCUCUUGUUUAUGGCAAAGUAGAUAAUUUCUGGAAGGACAAGAAGGCUUAUCUGGACAUCAUCCACACCUAUAUGGAAGUCCAUGGAACUGUUCACGGGACAAGCACUAUUUAUAUUCCUGGCUACGUAAAAAACCACGGAAUACUCAGUGGGCGAGAUUUGCAGUUUCUACUGAGAGAAACCAAGCUGUUCGUUGGUCUUGGAUUUCCCUACGAAGGGCCAGCACCUUUAGAGGCCAUUGCUAAUGGAUGUGCUUUUCUAAAUUUAAGAUUUAACCCACCCAAAAGUAGCAAAAACACAGAAUUUUUCAAAGGCAAACCUACACUCCGAGAGUUGACAUCUCAGCAUCCCUAUGCUGAAGUUUACAUUGGGAAGCCCCAUGUCUGGACUGUAGACAUCAAUGAUCUUUCUGAAGUUGAGAACGCUGUGAAAUCAAUUUUGAAUCAAAAGAUUGACCCUUAUUUGCCCUAUGAAUUCACAUGUGAGGGAAUGCUUCAGAGGAUGAAUGCAUUUAUUGAAAAACAGGAUUUCUGUCACGGGCAGGUGAUGUGGCCUCCGUUAAGUGCCCUUCAAGUAAAAAUGGCUGAACCUGGAAAAUCCUGUAAACAAGUUUGUCAGGAAAGCCAGCUCAUCUGUGAGCCUUCCUUCUUCCAGCAUCUUAACAAGGACAAAGCUCUGCUUAAGCAUAAUAUCGAAUGUCUCACCAUGGAGUCUGCAAAUGAUAUCCUGGUCCCCUCUUUUGAUGGAAGAAGGAAACACUGUGUUUUCCAAGGCGACCUCCUGUUGUUCAGCUGUGCCGGAUCCCACCCGACCCACAGAAGAAUCUGCCCCUGCAGAGACUAUAUUAAGGGGCAGGUUGCGCUUUGUAAAGACUGCCUAUAGCAGCGGCAGAGCUGCUGGGGAGUUGAGGACAAACUGUAAGUAGUUUUGAGAGGAGCUACUUAUUACUUCCUGCACUUUUGUCCAGGUUUUUCGCUGCAGGCAGAGCUAUCCUUGCUGGGCAGAAUCUCCGAAGAGAGGAGGGAUUCAUAACAAACAGCUAACUGAUCUUUUUCCCUAGAAGAACAUUCGCAGCGUAACUCUGCAGAUUCCUUCAUCUGUUUGCGAAGAGAAAUGAGGUUCAUGUUCUACAGCGAUUUGAAGAUGACUGCACAGAAUAGUUUGUAGAAAAUUCUCAGACCCAUCAAACAUAUUUUUGUUGUUGUUUGGGCGAAGUGUUUUCUAUUUUUUAAUGAGUUAGGACAUCCCCCAUGGUUAGCUUAAGGAUCUCAACUUCAUUCCAGUAGAAAAUUGACACAAGUGUGCUUGAGGGAGGAGACGCAGGGGAGGGAGGACUAACGUUUAUUCUAGGUGCACUGUUUUGGGUAUUGAAUGGCUAUAAAGUGGUUUACUUCACAAGAACUCAGAAUCACAAACUAGCUCUGUACCCUGCUGUUGGGUUAUCUGGGCCCAUUCUUUCAUUUGUUUCUUCUUUUAUUUUAAUCUUUGUACACAACACGGUAUUGUUUGCAUCCCAGCUGCUGCCUCCGAGCAGUCCAAACAGUAUCAUGAAUGAGCAAAAAGGCAGUUGCCAGCGUGUGACACAUCAUCUUGGGGACUCGACAACUGCCUCGGGUUGUUGCGUUCUUCGGUGUGGAAAAGCUACAAAAACAUACUGCCGUUUUCGGAACGGACUUGUCACGGUUUACUGGUCCCAUUUAGAGAGUAAUCCUUGGAAUUUGCCCAUGCUUCUGUUGUAGUCUGUCUACUAGAAUACUGUGUGAAGCAAAAAGUAUUCAGCAUCAUUGGAGCAAUAUUAUCGUUAGAGCCUCAGUUUGCUACGGCUUCCAGUAGUUAAAGUGUUGCUGAAUGACAUAGAAAGGUUAAACUAAGCUAACUAUAAUUAUUGUAUGGUAGAAAUGUAAAAUGUUUUCAUAGCUAGCUAGGUUUUUAAAGAGAAUUUUUUCUGAAAAACAAGUAAGAGGAGACAACUGGUAGGAAAAGCGUUGAUCAAUCUUGUUGGGUCUUUGAUGGUUUUUCUGGUUUGGGAGGGGUUAUUUGUGGGGGUUUGUUGUUGGUUUUUGGGUUUGUUUUGAUUUUUAUGUUUGGUUGGGUUUUUGUGUUGUUUCAUUGUUUGGUUUGGUUUGGUUGUUUAGCAGGCACACCAGUUACAAAUGUAGAUAAGGAACAAUACAAGCGUUUGGAAUUCAAAUCAAACUUCAUUGUUUUAGAGCAGCAAAUUGAAUCUUCUAAACCGCCUCCUUUUUAUAGAGAUAUAUUUUGUUACUUUCAGCAGAAGGUGACAUGCUUGACAGCACCAUUUGUAGUCAGGAAAUGUGCUAAGAUUAGUGAGAAACAAAUGUGCAGAAUAUUUUGAAAGCAGUCACAUUCUGCAGGCCUGCAAUUCGGACGUGCUCCGAUCAUACCGAAAAUAACUCCAAUCAACCUGAAGAAGGUUUUUUCUCAUAAAGAUUGGUAACAAACAUUAUCAGAUAACAGUGAAAAACAACGAUACUUUAAAUUUUCCUUUCUUGGAUAUAUCUGGUUGGUUCAGAUAUUUCUUGUCACCGGCAUUCAUUAGCUGUGUGUGGAUAUCAAUAUAUCUCUUGACCUACCAAAGACCAAGCAAGGGAAAUGCUGUUUAAUCUUGGCUACAUUCUCAGAACAGUAUACAUUGAAAGACAUUGAAAGUUAAAGCAAUGAAUUAGCUGUUUGGGGUUUUUUUGUUUCCUGGCUCAGCACUCCCGAGGGUGUUGUCCUCUAACACCCCAGCACUGCCCUGGACUACACAGGAACUUCAUCCUCAUUGUGGAGUAUCCAAAAAGGAUACGUGGGAGCUCUUGAACCGCAGGGUCACCAGGAACUGGGUUGUGAUGGUGAUAAAAUCUGCUGUAUUUUAGUGUAAUUUUCCAGAAACAGAACAGCUGGGUUCUCUAAUGGGAGGCGAAGAUUUUGUAUGAAAAGGAAACAAACACAAACUAGUAUGAAAAUACAGUCACCAUAGCUCAGCAUUUGCUCCAGUCAGCACAAAUGUAGUUUGCAGUAGUUUUAAUACUCUGGAGAAGCUGGGGGAGGAGGAUUGGAAAUGGGUCUGAGCAGGCACGACAAUUUGGUAUUUAUAUGAAAUAUCCCCUGCAUACGCGUGCAUAUUCGUGCAACUGGCAAAUCCUGCGCAUCACAGUAUAUUUACUUCUACCUGGUGCUGAAAGUAAAGGUGGCAGCAGAACUUGCCUUUACCAGUUGAGCCUGAGGUUCUUCAGGCAGGAAUUUAGGUUGCAAGGAGAUCUCACAGAAUUACAUGGGAAACAAAGAUUUGUACGUGUGCAUUUAAAGAAUGCAAAACACGUCAUUUUUGCUGUAGUGUAAUUCUUUGCUGUAAAUACAUAUUUGCUUGUUUCCCUCCCACUGUAUGGUCCAGCCGCCAUACUGCAUUUUAUUUCGCCUCCAAACCUUUAAAGAUGGGAGGGGUUUGGUAUUUGUCAUUAUAAGAUUUUCUGGUCUAGUGCUUUGCUCAGUGCUAAGUUUGCCUUUACCACAGCAGGGAGAGUCUAUUCUAAGCUCUGUUUUUUUUGUGCUGUAGCACUGUUUCUUUCUAGUCUACUGAACUGAAUUACCGCAUACUGGCAAAAAUGAAACAGCCAGCACCGACGCCACUUGCAUUGCAGCCAGGGACAGAACAUCCAAAUUGGCUUCAGAAUCGGUUGGAUCUGAUCCUGUUUCCACUGAAAUCUAUAGAGAAGACUCAUUAGUCUUAAAGAGAAAAGAAUCAAGACCUAUCAUUUGAUAGGCCUCUAUUAAUUCUGAACUCUCUUUUCAGAAGACAUAUUACUUUUAUGAGAUACGGCUUCAGUCUAAAUUUCUGUAAAAGGAGGCCAUCGCAUGACAACUGACAGUGCAUAAACUUUGCCACCAUACUCACUAAACCCGACUGAGGAUCCCCCGUCAGCCGGCGGUGGUUGUUCAUGCGUCUCUAAAGCAGCGAAGCUUUCCGCAGAUGAGCACUCAGGCAAAUCCAGGUGGGGCUAUUUAAAAGUUUGAAUGAUUUACCAAACCAUGUAAUAUAUAUCCACAUUUCAGGACAGAGGGCAGCCUUCUGUCCAAGUUCCAUAACUAUAUUCCUUCCUAAUUAAAGAAUGAGGGUGUAGUCCAAUUAUUGCACUUAAAUAAGGAUAUUAGAGAUGGGCUGUGCUGCUGUUUCUCAGUCUGGCAGUAACGCUUGCAGCUUCCUGUACUCGGAAAUCAGGUUUUUGCAUUAUUUGCAUUUGAAUAUAUUGAUCAGUGAUUGAUGAGAAAAAAUGUCAAAAGUUGAAUAUAAAAACACUUCACAAGCUUUUAAACAUAUCUCUCAUAUCAAGACAUUCUUUGUUUUAAAACUUUGUAUUUUUGUAUGUGACCUAGUUUUUUUCAAAAAUCUUGUUCCUAUGAGAUUAGAAAACUUGAGAGAAGCAUUUACAUAUUUAUUAAAAUUAACAUAAAAGGCUUGCCUUUGAAAGGUAAAGUUGGUAAAUACACACUGUUUAAAAAUGCCAAUAAAAACCUCAUUUAUUUCAUAUAUGCAAGUUGAUUUGCACAUGUAUAAAUAGAGUUGCUUUUUGCAUUUUGUGCUUAGCUUCUGUGGUUCUUUUUGUAAUUUAUAGUUGCAGCUGUGUGUUUGCUGGUUUAUAUCAGAUUAUGUUUCUUUUAGAAGUAUUUAAUGUUUAUGUGCCUUUUACUUUCUUUGGGGUUUGGAUGAGUGUUUGGAAUAUGGACACUGUCUGAACAAGUAUAAUGGAACACUAAUUACAGGUAAAAAUAGAGCUUGAUGAGUAUACAACUCAGCGAUAUGAAUUUGACUGGUUUUAAGUAGUGGAGAAAUGUGUUCUAAAAUUAUAAGGUGAGGGUUAAUAAGAUGAAACUAUAACUUUGAUUAUUCUUGCAAAACGUGGCUUCUGCAAGCAAAGUACCCUUGACUGAGUAUCUGUCAUUUGAUGUGAGAGCUCCUGCUGGGGUGUCUGUUUAAUGACCAGAGAGCAAACUCCAACCUAACUGAAAACCUCUAAACCAGCCACCUCUGGUUUGAUCAGCAGCAAAACUGAAGAUCCACAUCAAAGUUUGUGAGGUGCUGGGUUUUCAGAUAAAGGCGUCUGUCCAUGGAAGUGCAUAUAGGGUGUCUGUGGUGCAGUCCCAUCACAACACCUGAAUUCACGACUCUCAGCAGGGAAGGGACCUCUGGAUAGUCAGCUUAUUGCAGGUGGUUUUCUCUUUACUGCGACUAAUUUUCUGCAAGAAGAGCAUUUUGUGCAAUAGCUGCAGACGAGGUUUGAGGUGGCGCUGGCAGAGCGGGGAUGCACAGAGCCUGGACUCUGCGGCGGCCCCGCUCCCACCCGCUCCUACCGCUUCUGCUGCUUGCUUACUGACAGGCAUUUCUGGUGACAGCAGCCAAAAAUCAGGUUGUGAGCUGGUGUCUCCUCACUUCUCAUGUUGUACUACUGUCCUUUAAAUCCUAGUCAACGUCCUUGCUUUAUCCUUGAUAAGGAAGACAUGCCCUCCCCCCUCCAAAAUAAGUGGCUCGUCUAAAUUACAAUAAUGAUUUAUGAGUUUGCUGCACUUUUCACAUAAACAAAACCCAGACAGAUUUCUCAGGUAUGUGUUUUGCUCAUAGUGCAUUUCAGGACCAGGUUUUGCUAGUAAAAUAAAUUAAAGGGGAUGAAUGAGGCUGGAUGCAAUCUCAUCCAAGUCUAAUUAACUUCCUGACUCCCACUGGCUUCGGUGAUAGCAGAACUCCUCUGUUAAUUUUUCUUUGAAUUAAAAAAGCAGCUCCCCCUUGUUGUUACAUAUAAAGCACUGUACCUUACAAGAUAAAGACCAACACUUGCAGGUUGUGUUGUACACAUAUCAGUGACGGUUUAGCUUGCUGUCACAGCAUAUAUCAUCUCUGACUAAGCUGUACUUAUUAAAGUAUCCGUUGAAAACUUACUUAAACAGCUGUUCGGUCUCUAGUUUGGAGUUGGAGGGCUGGGUGUUUGUUGUUUUGUUGGUUUUGUUUGUUUGCUUCUUUUUUAAAGAGACCGUUAGUUACCAGUUCCCCAUUUCAGUCUUUAUUCCAGGGGUGCUCACAUUUUGGCAUGGCUGUUUCUUUGUGAUAUUUGCCUACAGCUGCUAUGCCUUCAACUUGUGACUCGCGAUCUCUUUCUGUUUGUAGUUCUCCUUUGGUCCCACCGUUUAGGGGGCCGCUGUAAGGUGAACAGUGCACUGACAGACGUACGCUUCCAUUCAGCGACAGAAAUGGUUUCAUUGAGAUAUGCUUUAAUAAUAUUGCUGUAAAUGUAACAUCAAAACAUAUUGUUUUAUGGGCAGUGACUUAAAUCUCGUCUUCAUAUUUUUAAGCAGCUCUAUAGGGUUUUUUUUAAUUAGUUUGUAAUUUCUGAAUAUUAUAUUUAAAUGCACUGUGUAAACAGCAAACUCCGUGUCUCAAGUGUAAGAUGUUUACUGUAGGAAUGUGUUGAAAAGACCAGAGGCUGAACCCCAGAUGCCUCAGAUGUGAGGCAUCGUUCAUGUUCUUUCUUCCAGGGAAAAAUAACCAAGUGCAACCGUUGCCAAAGCGUCUUGCUUUAAUAGGUAUAAUCCUUUACAGAUCCAUAUAGCUAGGAACAUAUGUUUUGACACAGCAGACCUCUCCCAGCAGCACUAAGCCACCUGUUUAUUAAAGGGGUAAAUAAAAUCAGGUCCUCAAAGUUCCGAUAAAAUGACUAAUAGUGAUUAACCCCCUUCACCCCGCGGGGCAGAGGGGCCUUGCACUGCCUCUCCCUGGCCAUUUAACGAGGGGGGGAACAGCUUUUGUCACCUUUAGGGGCUGGCAGAGCUGAGGCCCUGAGGACCCCGCUGUCUUCACACCUCACAGCAAUGAGAACACGCGGCUGCUUCUCCGCGCAGGAAAAUCCAUCUGCAUUGCGCUGCCCGGCCGUACCCGCGCACACCGGCCCCGGCCAGCCCGUGGCUUUGGGGAAAGCACGGAAAUAACCCUGCGGCCUUUCCUGGAGCCAUCGGGCACUUGGCAAAGCGCAGGCAACACGUCCUGCCUGGGACUCCAGCCGCUGCAAAGUAGUUGGAAGUAUCAAAGAGGUAAUAAGAUAAAUCAAGUUAAAUUGCUGUCUGAAGGCAGUUAACAGGGUUAUAGCCAGAACUGAUUUGUUACGUUCAUUACCAGGUCUGUUGCAGUACAGUGACAGUGAAAACCAUUUUUAAGAAAUCAUGGGUUUAUGUGGUUUUCACGAAGGAGUGUGGCGGGGAGGAGGAAACAGCACUUUUUACCAAAGGAAAAAAAUACUAAAUAUUGAGAGAAUAGUUACCCUGAAGAUUCUGAGAGAGCUAAAAGAACAAUUGAAGGGAAUAUUAACAAAGCUAAUUUGAGCUUGGAGAAGCUGAUCCCCUGAGCUCGCUGGGCUGGCGGCUGUGGGGAGUCCAAGGGCAACGGGGGCAGCUCUUUGGUUUCUGGUCUGACUCAUUCCCUGGGGGGUCUCUCCAUGGGCAAAGGGGGGCAAAGCCUGAAUAAUCCGGCUAGCACUGUACCUUGGAAAAAACAAGGCAAACCUACCAAAAUAUCUAAGAAUAAUAAUAAUAAUAAUAAUAAUUUGGAGUCAGUGAGAGUUUUUCUAUGUACAUGAGAACUUCAGGGUCGGACUGGUACUGUAUGUGUUUGGUUUGAAUUCUCUCCUAAAAGGUCGUUCCUUUGUCUUCUUUAAAUUGUUGUGUUCCACUAUAUUAUGUUCAAGCAGUUGGAUUCAGAAAGAACAGAGCACAGUGGUUCCGAUACGGUCAAGUUACUGGGGUUCAACAGGAUGGUUUUUUCAUUUGAUUUUUUUUUUUUUAGACCAGUCAAUGUCUGUAUUUAAUGGCAUAGCAAAAUGCUUUGUUUUCACUGUUGUAGAAAAAGACUAGGGAGAACUUUAUUUUUCAAUAAACCUUUUUCUUGUGUGAUUUGGA